AUGUCCCUAUCCUCCAAUAAACCUGUGAUCNCUAAGGACUCUGAAUACAAACAGAGGAUUCAGUAUCUGGGAGAUAAACAGCACGACUGCAGCGUCAGACUGACUGGUGUGAGACACACAGAUUCACACGAGUACUAUUUCAGAUUCAUCACUAAUAAACCUGAUGGGAAAUGGACCGGUGCUCCUGGAGUGACUCUUGCUGUCACAGAUCUUCAGGUGGAGUCUGAAGGUGAGACAGUGAUGGAGGGACAUUCAGUGACUCUGACAUGUGAAAGCACAUGCAGUCUGACUGACACAUCAACAUUCAUCUGGUUUAGAAACACACACACAUUAAAUGAGAGAAAGAAGAAACUCAUCCUGCCGUCAGUUAGAAGAGAGAAUGCAGGUGACUAUAGCUGUGCUGUACAGGGACACAAACUCACAUCACCUCCUCGACGUCUCCAUGUCUUCUAUCCUCCAAAUAAACCUGUGAUCUCCAUCAGUUCUUCUGGUGUAAUAGUGGAGGGUGAUUCAGUGAAUCUGACCUGCAGCAGUGAAUCAAAUCCACCUGUUCACAUCUACAGCUGGUUUAAAGAGAAUCAAACAUCAUCUGUUGGAUCUGGACAGACGUUCAGCAUCACUAACAUUAACUCCAGUCUCAGUGGAGGGUUUUACUGUGUGGCUCAGAAUGAAGUUGGAUCUCAGAGAUCAGAUGCUGUUUCACUCACUGUUAAAGGAGGAAAUGUCAGAGUUGUGUAUGUGGUUGCUGGGGUCGCGGCUGGAUGUGGAGGUUUAAUCUUCAUUCUCAUCGUUGUGUUUGUCUGGAAGCGCAAACGCAGACCUGAUGACAUCAGACACACGCAGGAUGACAUUUAUUCCACCGUAACAGCGAGAGUCUCAGAGACUGAAUCCAGAGAUACUGAAGAGAUCCAGUACGCUACCGUCCAUCAUCUUAAAGACAUGAAGACAUCAGAAGAGACAGAAGACGUCUAUGAGAAUUCUGCAGUUCAACAGCAUGAUGCGGCUGAGAGAUCUGAUGUUCAAAUGAUGGAGGAUCAGUCUGUGAUUUAUAGUAUGGUUAAAUGCAAAUGAUUUGGAGUUUUGGACCUGGGAAAAACCUUGUUGGUCUUUUGUUGAUCAAUUUUCUUUACAAAAGUUUAUAGUAAAAAUGAAACUUAAAAUCACUACCAUAAUCCUGAAUGUGCUCUAUAAUGUAAUGGUGCUUUGCAUGUGCCUUUAUCAAUUCUGCAAUCUGUCUUUUUUGAAAUGCAGUAAAAAAAUAAAACGAA